AUGCUCUUUAUAAACAUUCUUGGCUGGGCCGCGGUUAGUGUUUUGGCAGGCCCUGUGGCUGACCGUCACUCGUCGCCCCGGAACGAUGUCGCCAAGAACAGGCACAAUCCCGGCCAAGAAGCCCGCGCGGCGCCGUCCCAGACGUCGUCCCAGCCGUCACCCCGUCCAUCGUCUCUUGCUGCGCCAACCCCGUCGUCCGUCUCUUCCACGUCACACGACAGCAACUGCACUUCGACAAUGUAUCUGAACCUCUUCACCUAUCCCUUCAACCCAUCCACUCGAACGGUCCACUUGACCACGGUGACUUCGACGUAUAGUGUCGACUGUCAUGGGUGUCGGUAUCUGGAGACGGUCAACAUUGGUGGUCUUGGCCCCGUUUUGCAAGGCAGCGGAAACACGACGACAGAUGCAGUGCCAGCCACCGUGACGGCAUUUGCGUGCUCUGCUUAA